GAUUCGUUACGAGUCCGUUAACUGUUUUCUAAAUAUCUUUGUACUUAAUUAUCCCACAAAAUUAUAAAUCAAUCGCUGCUUUACCAAUCUCACUCACUCCCCGCUGUUGGGAAUAUUGGGAAUAUUUUUAAGGUUCGUCAUUCCACUAUGCAUGUUGCAUUGGGUAUGAAUACAAUACAAUAAUUAUUAUCAGGAUGGCCAAGCUACGAGAGGGUUGCUUUGUCAUAGGAUGCACAUGCUUCUUAUGUUAAUGGCUCAUGUCAUCAAGUGUGGAUUGGUUUGCUGGUCUGGUGGGUGAUGCUGCUGCUGGAUGAUUGCAUUAAUAAAAACGAGCUCAACAAGUGGCAAUAAGGAACUAAUUGUCAACUGUGUGGUUGAUGUUGAUUCCUACAUCCGUCCGGAUUCACUGUAAUAAAUAACCACACGAUACUAAAAAGUACAAAAAAGACUACGAUUCUUAUUAUGUCAUCCGCGCUUAAUAUUAUGUUUAUUAGGGUUGCAAAGUGUAGCAGUGAAUGGAGCCUGGUUCGUAAAAAAAAUUAGUAAAGUGUUAAAAAAUCACCACCACCAGCACAACAACAACUAAACUAGCAACUUCCUUCCUUCCCGAGCUUAUCCGUUAAUAUUCUUCCAGUUUGUGUGUGGGUGGGUGGGGUAGUUCGAUAAGUGAGACGGGGGUGACGAAAAAGUGACAGAAUGGAACUUAUACACACUGAUUUACUACUCUAGAGAAAAUUAAAUUAUUUACAAGGAUACUUUAGACAAAUAAUGCACUCAACUUGGCUUCCUGUCCAGGACCGGCUUUGUUAUGGUGUCGCUAAAGCUAGUCUCAACAAUGCGUCACAAAUCCACCCCUACGUCCUUGGGAUCCACCUGGGGGAGGCUGUCAUCGUCAAGGGGGAGUGUGACGAGUGGUUCUAUGUCAAAAAGUUUGACGGUGAAGGGGAGGGAAUCGUUCCAAAGUCAUAUAUUCACAUUAAGGAAUGUUCCGUCAUUCGGAAUGGUGAGACGGAAAUCGUUGUGCCAAAACAACCCACUUUAUCUCAAGAGAUUGUCGCUUCAUUGCAAGAAUGGUACAAAAUUGCCAAACUAAUCUAUGUCAAUAGCAGUGUCAGGUCAGAGGGCCAGCAAUCUGCGAAAGAUGUCAAGGACGAGUUGACCGAAGGACAGAAAAAGUUUAUGAUUAUUCGCGAAAAGAUUCUGAAUUUGCAUGAAUGUCGGAAACGGUUAUUGUCCUCAAAUCCAACGGUGGAGGGGUUGAAAGAGCUUAAACAACAGGUGGCUAGUAUAAUCGAUUCGGGAAAUAGUUUAUUAAAAUUGGACAUGGUGGUUCGUGACGAAUAUGGGAAUCCGCUCGAUCCUCUCUCCACUUCGACCGUACAACUGUUCCGACAACAUCAGAGAUCUUCGCAGAAAUUGAAGAAAAAUUUGCGCGGAUCCAACCGAGGAAGUAAAAUAAUUACACACAGCUCCCAUUCUCUCAUUGUAACGGUGAACUCUAUAAAUUGGAGGGUCGUAGAUGAAUGUGAGAUUCGAUUCUUCCUUUGCGACAUGCAAAACGACGAGCCCAAUCAUUUCACGGAAAGUGUACAAAUCACUCUAAAGGCUGGGUCGCCAUCUAAAACACCGUUUAAAUUCUUAUUUACUGACCUUGGAAAACCAGAUUUUGAGCGGAGUAAGGUCUUCCUAGUCGCUUAUGUCGUUCGCGUGGGUGCCAUGGACUUUAAAGAGGAUUCGAAACAAAGAGACCAUUAUAUUUCCCCUUUUAACGAUAAGCGGAACAAUAUCCAUGUCAAGCGGCCAUAUGGCGUCGCGGCGAAAGAAAUCACACAUCUCUUUCGGGAUCCAACUUUUCAAAAUUUGAAAACUACCGAUGCCGAGAAUGAAGUCCAGACCUUGUUAUAUUUGCCUUGCAAGGAAGAAGACACGAUGGACGACACCCUGAAGAAAAUUUUGGGCACCAUAAAGGGCGAACAGAACAACGGGAAGGACGCAAAGGCAGUCGGUUUCGUCCUCCGCCUCUCCAUGGUGGCUGGUACACCUCGCCAAAUCCAAGACAAGCAGCCAAUCCUGCUCCGUGGCAAUCCAAUAAUUGCGAGAAAAAUGGGGUUUCCCGAAGUCAUCCUUCCCGACGAUACGCGCAACGACUUGUACAUCAAACUCAUCCGAGGCGAGUUUCACCGCACGGCCAAGACGACAGAUCGCAAUGUGGAAGUAACCGUGUCCGUGCACAAUGAUCGUGGUGUCCUCCUACCAGGAAUUCUAUCGGGUGGGAACGGGUGUGCCCCUGUCGACUCGUACCGUUCCGUCGUCUACUAUCACAACGACAAGCCGAGAUGGAACGAACACUUCAAGAUCUCACUCCCAAUGAACAUUGAAGAGUUUUCGACUGCCCAUGUCAAAUUUACGUUCAAACAUCGGUCCUCCAGCGAGUCAAAGGACAAGUCGGAGAAGCCCUUUGCACUUGCUUACCUCAAACUGAAGGAGCCUGAAGGCACCGCCAUCCGAGACGACCACUAUGAGCUCAUCUUGUACAAGAUUGACCCGAAACACUACCGCGAGUCAGAAGUGCAGUACCUCUCCCUUCCCUACAUGAAAACUCCAACGUGGGCUGGAAUGUCGAAACCAUCAUGUCAAGGAUUCUCCUGUUCUUCCAAGGAUUAUUUUUAUGCCAAGACAAAUCUGUGUUCAACCAAUUUUACCCAAAAUGCUGACUUGCUGCAACUGCUUUUGUGGGUCACAAAACUGCGUCAAGUGGCCGAAAUGACCAUGACCGAACAGCCAGAUACAACGCAAGAAGCCCUCGUCACCCUCCUGCUCGACAACUUGUGCCAAAUAUUGGCAAAAGUUACGAAAGUUGGUGGAGAGGAGAUUGUCAAGUUCCUCCACCCCAUCCUCGACGCCCUCUUCCUUAUCCUCGUCGACCCCAUGGAACAAAUAUCCACUGAAUUGCAAACCGGAGGGCGACACUCCAUCUUCGGCGACCUCUCCACUUCUGCCAGCCUCCUCUACCGAUCCUCCUCUGCCGUAAGCUGUGAACACGAAGUCUUCAACUGUCUGCUCCAUAUCUUCUGUCUUAUAUUGGACCACAAGUUUCAAAACUUCCAGCCCUUGCUCAACCUCUACAUCGAGGACAACUUUUCAUCCACCUUAGCCUAUCAAAAACUAGCCAAAGAACUCAACUACUCGAUUCAACGCCACCAGCCUGAAAAAGUCCUCAGAGUCAUGAAAAGUAUUGAAUUUUUCUUUAAGUUUAUCAUUAAAUCGUUCGAGAUUCACAAACGGCUCCGAUUCAUAGAUGUCGGUCAACCCGACCAGGACCGCGACGAUGACGACAUAUUCGAAAAAACGAUCGAUUCCUUAUUCAAGUCGAUGUGUGGCCUUUUGAAGCGAAAUGACCUUAACGAUCCGUACAUCGGGGCAGAGGGCGGCUGUCUCAAACACAUCCCUUCCGUGAUUGAAGAUCUCGUCCGGGUGUAUCCUGCUCGUAAACUGAGCGAAAAUCUGGUCGAACUCUGCUGCGUUGUUCCUCAAAAUAAAUUGACCAAUAUCAAACUGUCCUUCAUCUCGGAGAUUGUCCACUCCCAGUUAUUCAUCGAUACAGAGUGCCGUUUCAACUUCCUUCCUACCGUGACUUCCAAUAUUUUGGUACAUCUUCCAGGAAAUGAUGAGGAGUUGCGUCGCAAAUCAGUCGAAAAUAUGCAAAUGGUGACGAACGACCGGCUCAAAAAGUUCUUCGGAGUGGACCCUCUCCUCAACGCGGAUGACUCGGCUCGCACCAAACAAAAAGAUGUAACCAUCCACUCGGAAGAGACCGAGAAGAGCGUGGAGCUGCUUGGAGACGUGAUGGACAUCCUUCACCGGCAACCCGAAGACCAAAAGGUGUCCCACAUUUGGUACAUUAUGCAAAUUCUCCUUCGACCCAUCAUCUGCUCCAUUGGGACCAUCUCUACUGGAGAUCCAUUAGCGAGUAAUAUGAUCAUGGUGGUGACCAUUUUCCUCUCCCUGUUGCGUGAAAUGAAGAAUUAUCACUACGGGAUUCUCAUAAAUUCGCUGAAAGCGGAGUCCGCCACGACGCCGGAUCCUUACAAACAAGGUCUCCUCAAAUUCCUCAACGACGUUCUCGUGGUCAUCAAGAACCUUUUUCAUCCCUCGUACUUUAUGCCGGAUUGGAACACUAUGAUCCUCCUCCAAAACAGCAUUGUCCUCACUGCACUGGAGCAUUUCGCAUCAACGGUGAAAGCCGAAUUUGCCGAGCCUUUUGAAGAGCAACCAUGGAACAAUUUUUUCGUCUGUGCCGUUUCAUUCCUCACCCAACCCUCGCUUCAACUCGAAGAAUUCUCCCAGUCCAAGCAGAACUAUAUCAUCCAGAACUUUAAAGACAUGCGAAAACGUGCCGCGGACCUAAUUCGCGUCAUGUGGUUCAGUUUGGGUGAGUCAAAGCGGAUCCGUUUCGUGCCAGGAAUGGUGGGGACCUUUCUGGACAUGUCGCUCGUUCCGGAGGCGGAGUUGAGGAGGACCACGAUCCCCAUUUUCUUCGACAUGAUGCACUGCGAGUUCGAUCAGGAUCGACCAGUCAAGUCGUUCAAAGAGGUGGAGGACGAACUAAUUAAAAAGAUCGUGGAGGGGAUCGAAGGUGGGAAGGGUGACGUUGCCUUCCGUGACAUAUUUUCUGAUACGAUGACCGAACUCUGCGAACAUAACAGCACCGGGUUAAGACAGUUGGGAUUAUCCAUGGUCAGUACGCUUACAACGUUAAUGGACUUGCUUCUCCAAUACAGAGAAAUUGAGGAUGAAGAAGAUCCAGGAAAUCGGAUGAGUUGCAUUGUCAACUUAUUGGAUUUCAGUAAGGAGAUCAACCGCAAGGAGCUUUAUCUCCGCUACCUCUACAAACUCCACGACCUGCACAUCCGUUCCAAAAACUUUACCGAGGCUGGUUUCACGCUAAAGUUGCACAGUCACCAGCUCGAAUGGUCGGACGAGGAGGUGCCCCCUCUCCUCCGCGUGGUCAACCGACAUCCCAACCUGGUUACGCAGAUGGAACUCAAGGAAGCCUUGUACAACGACAUUGUCCACUAUUUUAAUAAUGCCAAGAUGUGGGAAUGUGCCCUCGAAGUGUGCGACGAGCUUCGUCAGCAGUACGAGGACACUUACAACUAUGUGCGCUUGCCAAAACUACACCGCCAAGUGGCUGAUUUCUACGAUAAGAUUUUAGACGACCCUCGGUUCAAACCGGAAUAUUUUCGAGUGGCAUUUUACGGCGGUGGGUUCCCUUCCUUCCUGCAAGACAAGGUAUUCGUCUAUCGGGGCAACCCUCUCCAACAACUGUCUGACUUCGAAGGACGCAUGCUGGGCCAAUAUGUGCAGGCAGAACUGCUCCGAAAUCUUGGGCCUCCAUCUGAUGACAUUAGGUUCUCCAACAAGCAGUAUUUGCAAAUCUGCAAAGUUGACCCCGUCAUGUCCACGUCGAAACGAUUGAGCGGGAUGCGUUACGCGGACGAGAAUAUUUUGAAUUACUACCGAUCCAACGAAAUCGACAAGUUCACCUACUCGCGCCCCUAUUAUCAAGAGCCGAAAGAUCCCGUAAACGAGUUUGCCUCCCUCUGGCUGGACCGAUACACCCUCUGGAUCUCGCAAUCCUUCCCUGGAAUCAUGUCCUGGUUCCCCGUCGUCCGCGACACCCUCACCAAACUCAGUCCUCUUGAAAACGCCAUCGAAACGUUACAAAAUGCGAAUGAGAAAAUGCGAAAGCUGGUCAUCAUCCACUGCACCAAUGUUGCUCAAGACUUGGGCGAGAUGACGAUGAAGUUGAAUGGUAUUCUCGAUGCGGCCGUGCAGGGUGGUGUAGCAAAUUAUGAGAAGGCAUUUAUCAAUCAGAAAUAUUUGGAGAAGAAUCCGAUGGAUGGAAGGCUUGUUGAGGAUCUCAAGGAGUUGAUCUUCCUACAGAUUCCGAUAAUCGAGGAGUGUUUGAAGAUCCACGCACGUAAGUCACAAGCCUCCCUUCUCCCCCUGCACAACAGAAUGGAAGAGUUAUUCAAAAACUAUAUUGGUCAUAUCGAAUCCACGUACGGAAUCAGUACCAAAACCUUGAAAGAUGAGGGUCUACACCGCGAGAUGGACAAAGCUUUCAAGAAGCAAGAAGCCAAAGCGAAACGAUUAGAGCCGAAGGAUCCCAGACAUGCCGACUUCAUCCAAGGUGGACAUUCUGGUCAUCGUGGGUCCGCUAUUGGCCGAACGAUGGGCUCCUUCGCCACAUCGACCACCAGUUUGUACCAAAAUGCCAACGGAACAAGUACCAGAUCCGUUGCGCGUUCAAUGGCCACGAUAUCGCAACGGUCCCAAAAUCUGUUUCGCCGGUCUGCCCACUCCUCAUUCUCCGGCAGUAUGGAAGGAGAACAAUUUACGAGUGGGAGUGGUGGAGUGGGGCCGGGUUCAAAUACGAUGAAUCAUCACCACACGGCCACUCUGCCCAGACAGGGCUCCUCCUCCUUUUACACGUCACUUGGAAGUGGUUCUUCAAGCACGAAGCUACCUCCACUUGAGGCAGACGGAGAAAUUACUCCUCCCUCAGGUGGAGGAACAAAUGAGGCUCUCAUCACGUUGACACAGACGCUCGUCGCUCAAAGACCUCCUCGAAGUCACCCUGAACACCGAAACUCAUGGACGAACGGGGCGUCCAGUAGACUAUCCGAGAUGUCCGUCUCCUCCCUAGAAACGCUUCGCCCUGCACACACCACGUCCGAACCUGGCUCGCGAAAUUCGGUCAACUCGCCAGAUUCGGCUAUCGGAGGAGACGUCGAAGCCCCGGCGCCACCACUUCCACCCAAACAGAGAGUCGGGCCUCUGGAUCCUCCACCUUCUGGACCACCACCACCCCCACCUAAGAAACCAGCUUUGAAGGCAUUUCGAAAUGAUUGAUAAACCUCGAGGGUUAAAAUAGUAUGCAAGUCAUAGUCUUCCUCUUCAGCUUGACAUCAGUAUUCUAUCAAUUCCUUCUCUUUUUUAAACUGUUUUUACAUUUAAAUUUUGUACAUUUUAAUAACAACCUUCUUCAACUCUGCAAACUUUUCUCUUUAAAAUGGUACAAAAUAGACACCGUCAAGACCACCACCAAUUUCAUUCCAGUAUCAAGUGAUUCAAUUUCAUUUCAUGAUCAGGAUGACGAAGCAAAAAAAAAACAUAUGCAAAUAAAACAACAACGACAAUCCAACGUAACAAUAAGAAUGAUGAAAGCCAAACAGUAAUGAUAACAAUGUAAUGACUGGAUACACAAAGUGAUAAAAAAAUUAAUUGGUUAGUAAGUUUAGUUGUUAAGAUUAGUCAGAAUUUACCAAGUGCCACAGAUGCUAAUCCACAAAUAAUCCUCCUACUAAUUGUUAUUACUAUUAUGCCAAAUACUGUAUUUAUUUAUAUCAAGAUAAGCACAAAGAGAUAAGGAAAAUAUUUAAAACUGUAAAAAUUUCACUCAAACAAACCAAAAAUAAGGAUAUGUCAGAUACCUCAUACUCACAAAAGUUUUACCUAAAUUUGACAGUACUGAUUUGUAUAGAAAUUUGGCUCAACUUUUACUUUGAAACUAAUGCAUGCAAUUUAAUUACAAUCAAUUUGCCAAAUAAGUUGAGUAUUUUAUGCAAAAAGACAAUGAUACAAGUGAGUAUAUGAAUUGUAUGCACAAGCAAAGCAACCAAUAGUAUUUAUUCAUACAUAUUCUAUUUAAUUACUAAAUAUGCAAUAGGUUAUAGUAUGCAAUAGGCAAUACGACUUGGCUUUUACAACUUUAAUCUAAUUUAUACAACAGAUUAUCAACAUUUUAAUUAAUUGUCCCAAAAUAUUGUUUUAAUUUAGUUCCGAAAUUUAGCGGAUAAUAAUUCAUGAACUUUUGUUCUUUUACUUUUGUUUCUUUUUUAUUGCUACCACAACUUUUUCUCUCACACGUUCUGAUUGAAGUAAAUUAGUCACAAACAAGCAAAAAAGAGACACAUUUGAGCUUUAUAUGUAACGAUUUAACAAACAAGAUGAAUAAAUAUUGUCAUUCCUUGAAUAUCAA